CUCCAGCCCGCACUACCCAUGACUACAAGCUCCUCCUCCUCCUCUGCUCUCCCCCUCGAGACCAAGCGCCUUCACUACCUCGCGCUCCAUCCCAUCCUCGGCUACCAGCCCAUCGAUCUCAACAUCCCCGUCUACUACUCAGCCGAAGAAGCCGCUGCCUCCUUCCCCCGCAAGCCUUCUACUCAGCAGCAGUUCAAGGUCGACGCAGGCGCCUGGAGAGCAACCGUGUGGAUACUGGGGAUGAACAUCGCGUCGAGCAUGAUAGUAGGGGCGAUGGGGAUGGCAGCAAGCUUUUGUCAGUAGGGGGAUGUAAAUAGUUGUGAAUGAAAUCAAGUCAAG